GUCGCCGAUGAAGGCAACUUGUAAUCCAACGCGUUAUUUUCCGGAUCAUGUCCGAACGGGCGCACGCCCCCUCAACCAAGCUCAGCUACCCAAAACAUGCCCUUCACAUUGCGAGCAGCUGCAGUGCAGACAGAAUGGACGAACCACUAGAAGAUAUGGAUGUGUGGGAGGCGGAACAUGGCGAGGAGAUGGACGCUAUGCUAGCUAUGGAGAGCGAGCAGUCGGGGCGAUUCCCUUCCCCUUUGAAACGGUACGGCGGAGCCGCAGCAAGUGCACUACUGCCUCAACAAAGACCACCAGACCAGUGUACGGACCCGUUUUCGUCUUCCCCGCCGACUUUCACCUCACCCAGCUCACGAAUGGAGCAGCCCACACCAAUGCCGAGUAACUUUCAAAUCAGAAGCAGCUUGCCCGUCGUCAGCUCCCAUCCUACGCGAUCCGCAGCCAGCAUGGAGCCUCUCACCGCCUUGAGCUUCGGCGAAUCCGAGAACGUGAUGGAUUUUAGCGCUGGAUCAUCACAGUGGGGAAUAAACGUUUUCGAAGCGAGACAGACUUCGACGGCGGGCGGUCCGAUUACGAAACGGAAUACUUUCAGUAAUCGAGCUUUCACAUUUGACGACGAUUCCGACGAGGAUGCAGCCGUUGAUUCGGGGAAGGUGGCUCCUGGAGGGAAUUUGCCGCCGCGGGCGAACAUCCCCGAUCGUUCCCAACCGUCGAAAAACUCUGAUCGGAAAUCAAAUGCGGAGAAUGAGACUGCUUUCGAUGCUUUCAGGAACAGCUGGCUUGGCAAGCACACCGCGAAUCAAGUGUCUGCUGAUCUGCCUGGACAUCUUCUACCGGGGAUUACGGGGGCGUUGCCAUCAGAAAGGCGGAAAAUAUUGGAUGCAAGCAGGAAAAGGCCACUAGACGAGAUCAAACUCCUUAGGCCCACAAAGCGCAUCUCCUUGGGUGGGGUAUCUGAAGAUGAUGAGCUGGGUGUCAAGGCGAGCGCAAGUGCGAUGCCCAAGGAGUUUCGGAGCAGGGGUGCGGCCCGUGCUACGCAGAGCAACGCCGUGAGGCGACCAGAUCAAGUAGGGGAACAGUCGCAUUCAUUUCAACAACAGACACUUGAAUAUCCGGACUCUGACGAGGAGGAUGGUGGUCCUUCAGUGCAUGCGUCACGCAUUAUGCGACAAGCCGACAUUGCCCCUCCACACCACCCGGUGACAGCAGAUGCAUCUUCCGCACCGAUUGAGAUCGAUAGCAUGUCGGCAAAUGUAUGGGAAGCCGCCGCGCCUAGCUCGACGUCGAUGCCCGAAUCAAGAGCACUCAUGCAGUUUCCAACCAAAAACUACCACAUUCUGCCUGCCAAUACCAACCGCUUCCGAAUGGCCACAUCUACUGGAGGAGCACGGCUUUACUUCCCACAUCGCCGGACGAACGCGACGGCCAAUCCCGUCGACACCGUAACAGCUAAGGCAAACCUUCUUGGCCGAACAUCCGUUUACAGUCUACUGGAUGAGAUCGGUGCUGAAAAGGCGAAUCCAGCCGCUGAGAGGGAUUUGGUCGACGCGCGAGGAAGGUCCAUUAUUGCAGAAAAUAUCUUGUCCAAGGACGGGGCAUCGAAAGAAAGGCUUUGGGUCGACAAAUACGCACCACGAAUGUACAUUGAUCUUGUUGGGGACGAGCGAGUCAAUCGUGAGGUCCUCAUGUGGGUAAAGGAGUGGGAUUACUGUGUUUUCAAGAAAGUCAGCAAGACGGCAAUGUACAACAAAGCAGAGCAGACACAGUGGACGGAUCCCCUUCGACGACCGGAACAGAAAAUACUCCUGUUGACGGGGGCCCCUGGACUUGGCAAAACGACGCUAGCGCAUGUCAUCGCACGACAUGCGGGAUACAGCGUGGCAGAAAUCAAUGCCAGUGAUGAUCGAACAGGGGGGGCGAUAAAAAAUAAACUUGUGGGAGCUCUUGAAACACAGUCUGUCAUGGGAACGAAGAAACCCAGUCUCCUUGUCAUUGACGAAAUUGACGGAGCCAGCUCAAGUGGGCAAGAAGAUCAGAACUUCAUGAAACUGCUGGUGGAUUACGUGCAUCCGCAGGGAAAGAGGGCGGAUCGAGCUUAUUCGAAGAAGGGAGACAAGAAGGGCAGGCGAUCCUUGUUGCGUCCGAUCAUUUGCAUCUGCAACGACCCAUAUGCCCCUGUUCUCCGCGUGCUUCGCCCUUAUGUCAAGAUGAUUACGUUCAAGCCUCCGACAAUGAAAAUCCUUGCCAAGAGACUGCAUGAAGUGUGCCGAUGGGAGGGUCUCCAGGCUGAUCUGCGCACAUUGACUUCACUCUGCGAAAUGACGGACGGCGACAUCCGGAGCUGCAUCAAUACCCUUCAAUUCCUGCGGCGCAAAACCAACGUCCUCACCUUGGAACAUCUUGCAAAGGCGGAUGUCGGGCAAAAGGACAUGGGGAAAGGACUGUUUCUUGUCUGGCAAGAAUUGUUUGCAUCGGCGAACACAAGCGGACGACGACAAAUGUCCGCUGCAAACGGCCUUGGUCAAGGAAGCAAAAGGGAUGGGAAGUUCAUUCAAAGGUUGCACUCGCUGGUGACGGCAAACGGGGAAUAUGAUAGGAUUACGCAAGGAUGCUUUGAAAACUAUCUGCGCACAAACAUUUUCGAUACUGCGUCGAGCCGUGGUCACAACUCUAUGUCUACCUCGUUGUGCACAGCCGUCCCAAAGAGCAAAAUUGAGCGGGCCCUCGAUUGGCUUGCCUUCCACGAUACACUCGAUUACCUUGUUAACGUCCGGCAUAGAUACGAAGUCGCGCCAUAUGUGCCAUUCAUUCCCAUUACCUUCCACCGGCUGUUUUCCAGCGCAUCGCGUUUGAGGUUGGAGUAUCCGAGACGCGAAGCUUUGGUCGCCGCCUCGACUAAAGCUAACAAGAAUAUCAUGCUGAACCUGCUUCACGGAAUGCCGCCCCUGUUCCGCCGGUGCUGGAAUAAUGUUGAAACGGUGGUGGUUCAUCUCGUAUCCUAUCUACUUUCCAUUAUCUCUCCCGAAAUCCGUCUGGUCAAUACGCGUUUGAUGAAACCAGCCGAAGCGCAAGCCUUUCAUCGGCUGGUAGAUAUUAUGGCUUCUUUCGGGCUACGCUUUCGACAUGACAGGACAGAAGAAGGGGCGUUCGCAUUUCAUCUUGAUCCACCACUGGAGCUCUUUGCGCGGUCCUUAACCGCUCAAAUAAAACAAAGUGGGUCGUCCCUUGCGCUCGCACUGUCAAACAAGCGAGCACUCGGGGCCUCAAACGCUCUGAAGCAAAUGAUCUCGAUGGAGAUUGAUCGCGAAAUAAUCCGACGCUCGGAACCAGUGACUGAUGCAGCCGCUAUCGAGAACAAGUCGACUGUCCCUGCGGACUAUCGGAACGGCCGACAGUUGAGUGAUCGGUCUGGGGAUGUCAAGAACGUCGGCGUAACUACAACGACGCGGCUCAAACCUAAGGUCGUAAAAGAUUUGAUCCCAAGAUCUGGGACAACGAAAGACGAAUACAAGCCUGAGCGGGAUUUCUUCGGGAGACUCACCGCAACCACACCGAAUGCCGCACAAGACAUGCAGACUGAAGGACUUUCUGCAUCAACACCCACGAGCCCGAAAGUGGAAGAACGGCGGUAUCCCACUAUUAGCUACAAGUUCAAUGAAGGGUUCUCCAAUGCCGUAAGGAAGCCAGUGCUUGUAAGGGAGCUUCUCUGAGCUAGAUCCCACUCGCCCUUCGUUCCCUCCUCGCUUCUGCAUACACGCAUAGAGUUUUCAACCUCGCGCCUAUAGAUGGGAGGAGUUUAGUUCAGAUCCACGUACAGUCAGUGUCCAUAAAGCUGGGUCCCCCCCAAGAUUAAGUCAGAGUGUCGGCCCCCAGAGCAAAACAGCCAUCCGAGAGGCCGACAUCGCCUCCAACUUUUUGACAACCCCAGCACUCGACGGCGCCACCGCUAGGUAUUAGGGUUCUAGAGUAGGGCUCUAAUCCCUCCCGGUGCCGCUGGCUGUCUGGUUGGCUGUUAGCUCUGGCUGGGGGCCACGUUCGUCUUGCCUUUCAGGUUUGCUUGCCGCUGGG